UCGCUGUCACUGCGUUGUCAUGUCAAACGUGUUCAGUAUUUCACGGAGCAGAGAAAGCGGACAUUAAAACGACUGAAAGCCCAAAGCGAGGUGGAUAUUUACUUCCAGGUGUAGCCGUUAAAUGGUAGCGCGCUUCCAUGGUUACGACCCACCGACCGGGGAGCUACGUAUUACGGAGGCCACGAAGAAGAAGUUUCUCGCAGGGCGUGGUGGGAUAGGAGUCUCUUCGGUGGAGGACCGAGAGAACAGAGCCCCCAGCUGGCUGGCUAGCAGCGGAGAAGAUGGCUGCAGAGGGGAUUCUCAGGCCAGGGUCUGAACACAGAGCGGCGUCCGUCAUGUUCGGCGACGACUAGCCGGCGUGUCUCCCCGGUUGUUUCCGUCGGUCGGUUGCGUCCGCGUUUGGUCGGAAGGGGGGAUAAAAAAAACAACAUGGGGUCGCAGACUCUCCAGAUCCUGAGGCAGGGGGUCUGGGCUUCAGUCACAGGCGGAUGGUACUACGACCCCGACCAGAACACAUUCGUCAACGCUUUACAUCUCUACAUCUGGCUGUUUCUGCUAUGCUUCCCCUUCACGCUUUACAUGGCACUGCAACCGAGCAUGGUGAUCGUGGGCAUCUACUGUGGUGUGAUUGCUGCCAUGUUCCUGCUGCUGAAGACGGUGAACUUCCGCCUCCACCAUGCCCUGGAUGAGGGGGAGGUGGUGGAGCACCAGGCCAAGGAGAGUCGGGGCAGCAGAGGUGGCACCGAGGGGGCGAACGAUGUCGGCGUCACCCGUCGACAGGACAGCAAUGGCCCGGGGGACCCUGGAGGGGGUAUUGAGAUGUCAGACUUCAUCAGGCAAGAGACUCCACCAGUGGACUGCAGCUCCAGGAACUCCUACAUUGGAUUGGAGUCGAACCAGCAGAUUGCAUCCACCCACGGAAGAGCAACAGUAGCCAAAGGAUUCCGUCCGCUCAGACUGUCCAUCACAAAUGCCCAAGUGGUAUCACCGAAGAAAGACUGGCGGGAUUUGAGGAGCAGCGAUUGCAAAGAACAGUCGCGUCUUUGUUUCAAAGGUUAUCUUGCAGAGCCAUCGGGGCAUUCGAGGAGUCUAUUCAGAAGAGAUCAAGAUAUUUACCUGGUUGUUCCAGGAGAUGUGGGGAAGACUUCCGAUGACAUCAGUUUGACUCUUGUCGAGAGCUGCAGCCACGAUCAUGAUCUGCUAUCGGACACAAAGAUGUACUGCCUUGUCCCCAACGACUCCUUCGCGUCCAUGCAGCCGUCAACCUCCUUGUGUCCUUCGGAGCUGUCCAGGGAGACGGCUGAUCUCUGUAAUUCUGCUGCUUAUCACUUCAGCCUGUCGCACUCCUCCUGUGACACCGAGGUGACCACUCAUGCAUCCAUGCAAUCUCAGAGCUAUAGGAAGGAGCUCCGUGCUCGGGGCCUGCCUCGGACUUCCAGCUCGGCGGGUUCUGCUUUCCCUGACCCGUGUCUACCAGACUUCACACUGUACCCUCCGCCCAGGAGAGGUGGCCUUGACCCUGUGUGUGAGCUGGAGGCCGCCAGGCCACACAGGCCAGGGGUGUGUGUCAGAGACGGGGCGGAGCGGCUGUACCAGCAGGACCAAGCUGUGCCCUCCACCUCGGGAAUAGAGUGUUAUCGGCACAAAGAACCACGCAGAGUAGCCCGCUCCGCUUCCAGGGAGGCAGGGGAGGGUAGCUCAGGACUCUACCAGGUGGAGGUGGGCGGUGGUGGUGGUGGGAAAGGUUCAGUUGGAGGAGCAAAGUCCCAGGGAGGGGAGCGGAGUGCUGAUAGCCUGAGGAGUUUGAGUACUCGCAGUAGUGGCUCCACUGAGAGCUACUGCAGUGGCACAGACAGGGACACCAACAGCACCAUCAGCAGUUUUCACAGCGAACAGACCAGCUCGACACAUGUGGAGAGCCUGCUCUCACUUUCAGGGGAUGAGCCCGUGCGGGACAGAGGAGAUGCCAAAUCUGCACCCGCAGACGGUAGGACUUCAAGCCUCGGCAGUAUUAGCUCUCGAGGCGUCAGCAACCUUCCCUCCAGGGAGGCCAAUAAAAACCCUCAUGCCAAUGAGGUGACCGCUAAACAACCCGCUGACACGCCGUCCUCCGCAACCCAAGAGCUGGUAGGGCCUGGCAGGUGCCAGGAAGAGCCUGGCAUCAGGACCAACGCUGACGGCUCGACAGGUGUGGGGGCCGCCGAGCCGGAGCAGGUGAAAGACGACGGUCAGCCCAAAUCGGCCAACAUUGUUCAGAGGACUUCCUCCCUGUCGACGGGGCGCAGUGGACGCCGGCGGACUGGCAAGAAAAGGGCGAGCAGCUUUGACGCCAGCCGCCACCGGGACUAUAUGUCCUUGCGUGGUAUGGCCAAGCCUUGUAGUGCUGUGUUUACUGCGGGUGGAGAGGGGGACUCCAGCGACCAGAGUGAACUCAGUUGUGCCUCCAGUCUCCACUCCACCCACCAUCUAAGCACAGACAGCUCGUCUAGCGCCACUACACGCUCCUGCCACUCACCAGAGGGCUGCUACAGGGCCCUGAAAGCCAAGCACACUGCAGCCUCCUCCUCCACGGGAAAAGCCGCGGCGGCGUCCGAGGCGAGGAUGCGAACGGAAGGGAAGCGGCGCAACUCCCGCCGUGCCCCCAGCACGGGCAGCGCCAAAACGCAUGCCAGAGUGUUGAGCUUGGACAGUGGCACGGCCGCCUGCCUUAACGAUCCCAGCCGCCUCGGCGCUCCGGCUGGGCCCCGGCCCCUCACCACCUCCAAGUCGGACCUGGAAGCCAAAGAAGGGGAAGUCCUCGACGCGGCGUCCCUGCUGGGUCGGGCCUCCCAGCUGGAGUCAGUGACCCGCUCCAGAAACAGUCUGCCCAAUCAGGCAGCUUUUACUGAGCCUCAGGAUGCCACUGCUGCUUCCCUGCGGGGCCCGGGGAGCGAGGAGACGGUCAUAUUUCGGCGUGAACGUAGCACAUUUCGUCGGCAGGCUGUGCGGCGGCGACACAACGCAGGGAGUAACCCCACCCCGCCCGCCUCUCUCAUUGGAUCUCCUCUCAGUCUCCAGGAGGCUCUCACCCAGGCCUCCCAGCCUUCUGCCUCCCAGGUGAAAAGUCAGCCAUCCAGAACCCCGUCCCAGGUGACCGUGUUGAGCGCAAGCGCCUCCCUGCUGGCCAGGAAUGGAAGCACACACCUGGAGGGUUCUCAGGACAAGGCCUCAACGGUUGGCGCCACCAGCUUGCAGGAUGACUUGGGAAAGCUCACGCCCUCCUUGUACGAGGUCGGCGGGUGUGAGAUGUCCCUGGUCAAUUUUGAACCUGCAACCAGACGAGCCUCCAAUAACAUAUGGGACACCGACUCCCACCUCUCCAGUUCUACCUCAGUUCGCUUCUACCCUCAUGACCUGAUCUCCCUCCCUCAGAUCCGUCUGAACCGUCUGCUGACGAUGGACCCCGAGCUGCUGGAGCAGCAGGACGGAGACCAGAGCCCGGAGCUCCAGGACGCACCGCCGGGACCAGAGGACCCCGCAGCAACGGCUGCCGCCGGCAAAGCCAGGCAGUACUACCGCUUGUGGCUUCUGCCCUUCCUGUGGGUCGGCCUGCACUUUGACCGGCUCACCCUGCUGGCACUAUUUGACAGGAACCGCAAAGUUUUAGAGAACGUGCUGGCUGUGUUGCUGGCGGUUCUGGUGGCCUUCCUGGGUUCACUGCUGCUGGUCCACGGCUUCUUCACCGACAUCUGGGUCUUUCAAUUCUGCCUCGUCAUUGCGAGUUGCCAGUAUUCCUUACUAAAGAGUGUUCAACCAGACUCCUCAUCUCCUCGACAUGGCCAUAAUCGUAUCAUCGCGUACAGCCGGCCCGUCUACUUCUGCCUGUGCUGUGGCCUCAUUUGGUUGCUCCACUACGGCAGUCUGAGGACCACUUCAUCCCGCUUCACCCUGUACGGGGUCGCACUCACCAACUCCCUGGUCCUCGCGUCUGCCAGGGACCUUGUCAUCGUCUUCACUCUGUGUUUCCCCAUCAUCUUCUUCGUGGGGCUGCUGCCACAAGUCAACACGUUCGUCAUGUACAUCUUUGAGCAGCUGGACAUCCACGUGUUCGGGGGCAAUGCCUCCACAAGCCUUCUGUCAGCGCUGUACAGCAUCCUGCGCAGCGUCGUCACCGUCGCUCUGCUCUACGGCUUCUGCUACGGAGCUCUGAAGGAGACCUGGGAGCCUCACCACAUCCCCGUGUUGUUCUCAGUGUUCUGCGGCCUCUUGGUGGCAGUGUCUUACCACCUGAGCCGGCAGAGCGGCGACCCUUCUGUCCUCAUCUCGCUGAUACAGUCCAAGAUUGUGCCCAAUUUGAAAGAUAAGAACCCAGAGGACCCUUUGUCAGAAGUCCAGGACCCUCUUCCUGAGAAGCUCAGGGCCUCAGUGAAUGAGCGUCUGCAGUCUGACCUGAUCGUCUGUGUGGUCAUUGCUGUCCUUUACUUCGCCAUCCAUGUCAGCACAGUCUUUAUUGCACUGCAGCCUUUCCUCAGUUAUGUCCUGUAUGCACUGUUGGGCACGGUGGGCUUGCUCACCCACUACCUGCUGCCUCAAGUCCGCAAGCAGCUGCCCUGGUACUGCUUCUCCCACCCUCUGCUCAAAACUAAGGAGUACUAUCAGUUUGAAGUCAGGGAUGCGGCUCAUGUCAUGUGGUUUGAAAAGCUUCAUGUGUGGCUGCUGUUUGUGGAGAAGAAUGUUCUGUAUCCACUCGUCAUCCUUAAUGAGCUCAGUGGCAGCGCCAGAGAGCUCGCCAGUCCGAAGAGACUUGACACAGAGGUGGGCGCUCUGAUGAUCACGGUGGCAGGCCUGAAGCUGCUCCGCUCAUCCUACAGCAGUCCCACCUACCAGUAUGUGACCAUCCUCUUCACCGUCCUCUUCUUCACCUUCGACUACCGCCAUCUGUCAGAGACGCUGCUGCUCGACCUCUUCGUCAUGUCCAUCGUUUUCAGCAAGAUGUGGGAGUUGUUUUACAAGCUGCACUUUGUCUACACCUACAUCGCCCCAUGGCAGAUCACAUGGGGCUCAGCCUUCCACGCCUUCGCUCAGCCCUUUGCUGUGCCUCACUCGGCCAUGCUGUUUGUCCAGGCUUUGGUGUCAGCAGUCUUCUCCACUCCCCUCAACCCCUUCCUGGGCAGUGCCAUCUUCAUCACGUCCUACGUCCGUCCCGUCAAGUUCUGGGAGAGGGAUUACAACACCAAGAGAGUGGAUCACUCCAACACUCGGCUGGCCUCUCAGCUGGACAGAAAUCCAGGCUCUGAUGACAACAAUUUGAACUCCAUCUUCUACGAGCACCUUACCCGCUCCCUGCAGCACAGCCUGUGCGGAGACCUCCUGCUGGGCCGAUGGGGCAACUUCAGCACGGGGGACUGCUUCAUCCUGGCCUCCGACUACCUGAACGCUCUGGUGCAUCUCAUCGAGAUCGGCAACGGUCUGGUCACCUUUCAGCUCCGAGGGCUGGAGUUCAGAGGAACUUACUGCCAGCAAAGGGAAGUGGAGGCCAUCACUGAGGGGGUGGAGGAAGACGAGGGCUGCUGUUGCUGCGAGCCGGGCCACCUCCCUCACUUCCUGUCCUUUAAUGCGGCCUUUGGACAGCGCUGGCUGGCCUGGGAGGUGCUGGUCACCAAAUACGUGCUGGAGGGCUACAGCAUCACUGAUAACAGCGCCGCCUCCAUGCUGCAGGUGUUCGAUCUACGACGCAUACUGACCACCUACUAUGUCAAGGGCAUCAUCUACUAUGUGAUCGCUUCCACCAAGCUGGAGGAGUGGCUGGCUAACGAGACCAUGAAAGACGGGCUGCGGGGAUGCGCAGAGAGGAACUACGUCGACCUGGAUCCCACCUUCAAUCCCAACAUCGACGAGGACUACGACCAUCGACUGGCAGGCAUCUCCAGGGACAGUUUCUGUGGAGUCUACCUGGGCUGGAUCCAGUACUGCAACUCUCGGAGGGCCACGCCACUUGACAGCGAGAAAGACUCUGCUCUGGUGCUGCUCUGCUUCGGCCUGUGUGUGCUGGGGAGGAGAGCUCUGGGAACAGCUGCCCAUCAUAUGUCCAGCAAUCUGGAGUCUUUCCUUUACGGUCUUCAUGCACUAUUUAAGGGAGAUUUCCGCAUCUCCUCCGUGCGAGACGAGUGGAUCUUUGCAGACAUGGAACUCCUCAGGAAAGUCGUGGUGCCUGGAAUCCGAAUGUCUCUCAAACUACACCAGGACCACUUCACGUCCCCGGAUGAGUACGACGAGCCGGCGGUUCUUUUCGAGGCCAUCUCCUCCCACCAGCAGAACCUGGUCAUCGCUCACGAGGGCGACCCGGCCUGGAGGAGCGCUGUGCUGUCCAACUCGCCGUCGCUCCUCGCACUGCGCCACGUCCUCGACGAGGGAACCAACGAGUACAAAAUCAUUAUGCUAAAUCGACGAUACCUCAGCUUCCGUGUCAUCAAGGUGAAUAAAGAAUGUGUCCGAGGCCUUUGGGCCGGGCAGCAGCAGGAGCUGGUGUUCCUGAGGAACAGAAACCCAGAGCGCGGGAGCAUUCAGAACGCCAAGCAGGCUCUGCGAAACAUGAUCAACUCCUCUUGCGACCAGCCCAUCGGAUAUCCCAUCUACGUAUCGCCGCUGACCACCUCCUACUGCAACUCGCACCCCCAGCUCGGACACAUCCUCGGAGGCCCCAUCAGCAUCGGGAACAUCCGAAACUUUGUCGUCAGCACCUGGCACAGGUUACGGAAAGGCUGUGGCGCUGGCUGCAACAGUGGAGGGAAUAUUGAGGAUUCCGAUGCAGGGGGGAUGUCCUGUGGCAGUGGGAAUGGGACGGGGGGUGACUCUCAGCAGAGCUCAGUGUCGCAGGGUGGCACCUCCGGACCCGCCCCCUCUCAUACGUACCAGCCGCACACACUGGGCACCAGUCAGAGUUCCCAGUCUGUUCAGUCGGGUUUGGUGCGCCACUCUCCUGCUCGAGCCUCUGUUGCCAGCCAGUCCUCCUCCUACCGCUACAGCAGCAGCCGCCACUCCUCCCUGCGCACUUCCACCACAGGCCUGGAGCCCUGCCGUCGUUCCUCCACCAGUCAGCUGUCUCUGCGCACGCUCCCCACAUCCCUGCAGCUCCGGCUGGGCACCACCUCCGACCCCGCCGGCCCCUCCGCCUCCCUCUCCAGCCACAGCAUCCCUCCCUGCAAACGCCACACGCUCGUGGGCCUCAACGGCAUGUGCAGCACCGUGACCGAUCCCCUCAGCCAGCAUCAUCAUUACCAUCACUAUCAUCACCACCCGCAACAACACAACCCCAUCAUCUCCACCGUGCGCAGAGACGACAUCUCCUACAGAGUGCAGGUUGCGGACGUCGGUCAGGUGCUGGAGAACAUCAACUUAUCGAAGCGGAAGGAGCUGCAGUGGCCUGACGAGACGAUGAGACUGAGGGCAGGACGGACCUGCUGGAGGGACUGGAGCCCCUUAGAGGGCAUGGAAGGACAUGUGAUUCACCGGUGGGUGCCUUGUAGCCGAGACCCAGCCAAUCGCUCCCAUAUCGACAAGACCAUCCUGCUGGUACAGGUGGAAGAUAAGCUAGUGCCCAUUAUUGAGACUGGGGUCAUUGAGUUGGGUGCAGAGGUUUGAGACGAGCAAGCACACACACACACGCACACACACACACACACACACACACGCAUCACACUUGUGUGACGGCGAAGACAGACCUGCCCGGGCCUUCAGCAGGACGCAGGAGCCUGCAGACAUACAGGAAGUGGGAGCUCGCCCCCCUCCCUCGUUCCUUAUCGCUGAGGGGGAAAGGAAGCCAGGGAAAAAGUGCAAGCCGAACAGAGCAUACGUUCAUCCAGCAUCCUUUAAUGCAUUAAUAAUAUCUGCCUUGCUUUGCGUCUCAGAAAUGCUGCAUGACGGUAAACAACCCUUAAGUUUAGUUAGUUCUCCCUACUGGUAAUUAAUUUCUAUGCAUUUCAUCGACUAUUUUGUUGGCAAUUCUGACAGCGCUGAGUGUAAAGAGCGUGUGGAGAUUUUUUCUUGGGUUGUUCUGUUUGUCUUUUAAGUAAUUUGCCAAAAUAAGCCUGGUAUUGAAUAUCUGCCAUGGUUUCACACAUGUGAAAAGUGUUGUUUUUUUGUUUGUUUUUCGCUGCCAAGAUUACAGAGGAAGUUGUGACGCGGAACAGAUUGAAGUCAGAGACUUGACGUUGAUGCGCUCGGCAAACUCCUCUGGAUGUUUGUUUUUGUUGUCACUCCGUUUGGACUGGUUCGAAAAUUUGCAAGAUUACGUUGCCCAAAAGAAACUUGCACUAUAAUUUUUGUUUUUUUUAUUCACAGUGAUGCGCUACACUCUUUAGAUAAUAUCACAUUGUAUUUAUUACAGACUCUGAAUGGCCAUGGUUACCGAUGCCUUGGGAAUGAAAAGAAAUGCAAUCAUCAUUCUGUUUUCAGCCAUUUUUAUUUUACUAUUUUAUGUUUGAUAAACUUGAAAAUAGCUUUUUACUGUAUAUGAUUAUAUCUAUAUAAAUAUAUAUAUAUUUACUCAAAAAUAUAUAUAUAUAUAUAAUGUCAAUGUAUAAAAGAUUUUCUUUUCAAUAUUUAUUACUGUGAACAUGAUAUUUACACUUUGUUACGUCUUUAUUUUUCAUUUUGGGACAAAGGUUAAUGUAUUAAGGACCAUUGGUGGAAAACGAGAUGCCGGAUUUUUGAUGGACUGUUUCACUAUUUAACUUGAUUCUUUUCUAUAUGGAGAAAUAAAAGUUUGAUUUAUUGCUGACAUCUUUAA